UUUUCAGUACCAGCACUUCGAUGCUCCAGUUGGAAAAUCUCUCCCAUCUCAGCCUCUCGGAUUCUGUACCCCUGUGUACCAAAGUCGCCCUCAUCCUGGUCCCGAGCUCCGUCCAGGUGAAAGCGACUCCCGGGUGGACUCAGCUCCGACACCUCCAAGUCCACUUCCUCCGAGGGGAACUCCGGCGAAUGAUCGUUGACGUCCCGCACCUCGAUCCUCGCCCUGAUCAUCUGCCCUGCGAGGGUGGCCGCCACAAAGUCGUAUCUCGCCCUGGUCUCUCGGUCCAGGACCACAGCUGUGGAGAUGAUCCCUGUGUCCGCGUCGAUCUCCAAAUCUCGGAAGACGUCCGAGUCCCGGCUUUCCGAGAUGAAGAAGCCGGUGCCGCCGGGACGGCUCAGGCCCGCCGCCAGGUCCCCGACGAUGGUUUUGGCGGGCAGGCCUUCCUUGACGGACAGCGUCAGGUUGAAGAGGUCGGCGAGGGAGCGGGCGUAAAGCAGCGCCAGCACGAGCAGCGCGGCGGACAAGCUUUGCCGGGACAUUCCUCACUUCUUACGGACGUUGAAAAGACAAAGUAGUACUACUUGUCACCAGGUGAGGGGUCCACCUGUCCUCCAUGGUCCCUGGUCUUCCUCUCCAUGGCGCCUUUUCAGCUGCUCCUUCAGCAAACAUGUCCCUGCACUGUGGACGCACCCCACUGACACACUCCGUGUGAGUGUGUGUGUGUGUGUGUGUGUGUGUGUGUGUGUGUGUGUGUGUGUGUGUGUGUGUGUGUGUGUGUGACACAUGGUGAUUAGGCCGCAAGGAGGGAGAUUACGCUGCCAGACGUCACAGCGAGACACAAAGAACAAGAGACAUACUCCUUCGCGCACUGCGAUGACGUCAGCACCCCCACAAAUGGGCACUGCGAAGGAUGCAGCCGCGGAAUUGAGACACGCCCUUUGAAGGUGUCACCUAGCGCGAAGUGUUUGUGAGGAGCGACUCCAUCUUGGACUCCUUCGACGAAGAUGUCUCGUCGUCACAUCAUGUUGUCCUACCAGUGGGACGACCAAGCCCUGGUCCUCAAAGUCUACCAGCGCCUCAGGGAGGACGGCCUGCCGGUGUGGAUGGACGUGCAGGAAGGAGGAGUGACAGGAAACAUCAACGACGCGAUGGCGGCGGCCGUGGAGUCGGCGGCCGUCGUUUGUCCCUUCAUGACCGCCGCCUACCAGACGUCUCGCAGCUGCAAGAAGGAGCUGAACUACGCCGACAGCAGGGAGGUGACCGUGGUCCCCGUCAUGCUGGCCCAGGACUGGGAGGCCAGCGAGUGGUUGGGCCUCAUCACCGCCGGCCUGCUGUGGGUCGACUUCAGGGACGUCUUGAAGGACGAGCAGCACUUUGAGGAGUGCGUCCGCUCUCUGGAGGAGGAGAUCCUGUUCAACGUGGGCCACCUGCUGACACAGGAUGACCAAGCCGAGACCCCCAAAGUCCACCUGAAGAAGAAACCAGGCCGCGCCUUCUGUCACGCUCUCUCCAGGCUUCACAUCCACGACGCAGGCGAGCGUUUGGAGUCUGUGUGUGAAACAGGAAGUCCAGUGGAGCUGAACGAGGCGCUUGCUGCUGCUUGUUACUGGGAGGAGAUCAAGGGCAGCGGCUUCAAACGCUACAGGAACGUGGUGACCAAAAGAUAUUUGGGGUACGACCCCGAGAGGGACGAGGUCCGCUCGGAGGUGGGACCCUCGGAGCGCGAGGAGUGGCUCCUGCUGGUGGAGCCGACAGAACGCAGUCGCCACGGGGCGGUGGUCCUCAAGAACAAACACAGCGGACGCUUCCUGGCCGUCCGUCAAGGACAUUUUCUUGCACUUUCGGCGUACGACGACAAAUGCAAAUGGUUUUUACAAUGA